UGAUGAUGUUCUUAAAGUUUAGUUUUUUAUUUUUAAUAAUUGUAAAUUUCGUCGACUGCGAUGACAUCGAGGAGUCUCCAGAAUCAACGGAGUUGUCAGUUUUUCACAAUGAUACGAAACAACUACUGGAGCUGUGCUUUCCUGAUAAAUUGAACCCUGCGGUAAUAACUGUUGACUUGAUUGAUAUCAUGUUCGAAAUUUCAAUAAACGAAGUGGUCAACGCGUCCAUUGUAACAAUCGAUAAUGAUUUCAAGUCAACUAUGAUGAAAUGGUACUAUCCGAAUCAUCCCUCGUACAUUGUAUCAACAGAAUCUGAUAGACAACUUAAAGCUCUUCUUCACGAAAUAAAGUCGACGAUUAUUUGGAGCGUCAAGUCAUUGGUUUUCGUUGUUGGUGAAAACUGUCGAAAGGCAAUGAAAGUACUGAGAAUGGUGUGGGAUAUUGAAGCCCUUGAAUCAUUUUACAUUUGUCGAGAUCAAGUCAACAAAACUACGAUGGUGUAUACAUUUAACCCCUACACUGAUAGAGCGCCGAAACCGUGGACUAGAGUUAAGAAGAAAACGGGUGAUAAUCGAUGGACAUUGUAUAGGCAGACAUUUAAAAACGAUUCGGAAUCGUGUCAAAGUUAUCAUUUUGACAAAACCCGAAUUCUGGACGGUUAUCCAGUAAAAGGUUAUGCACGUGGUUCGGAUAUUUCAUCAAAUAAAUUUACACCUGAAGGACUAAGUUCGCAAAUCGGAAACCCAUAUUUCGUUUUUGAAAACAUAUUUUCAAUGUUAAAUGUCACACCGGUGAUGAACUACCAUUUAUACAAUCUAGUUUUUGAUCUGUUACAACCUGACGAUAUUAAAAAAAUAUUAAAUAAUAUUACUUACGAUGUAUGGAUGGAUUUAGAACCACUAGAUCUACCUCAUUACGAAUAUUUCGAUAUUAUUCCGCUAUACUCGGAAGAAGGCUUCACGAUAGUAACAAACUCGCGUACUAUUCCAAUUCUUGACCAAAUUGUUGACACAUGCGUCAUAUACUUCUCGAGGACUCAUUGGCGCGCACAAAAAAUCGAAGAGAUCCUCACGUAUGGACACGUAUCCUUAACAACUAAUGAAGUAGAUAUUCCAGCGAAUGAUACUAUUGAGUUGUCAGUUAUGAGCACGCCAACUGAUUUGGAAAUUUUUCACAAUGAAACGAAACAACUACUUGAGCUGUGCUUUUCUGAUAAGUUAAACCCUGCGGUAAUAACUGUUGACUUAAUUGACAUCAUGUUCGAAAUUUCAAUAAACGAAGUGGUCAACGCGUCCAUUGUAACAAUCGAUAAUGAUUUCGAGUCAACUGUGAUGAAAUGGUACUAUCCAAAUCAUCCCUCGUACAUUGUAUCAGCAGAAUCUGGUAGAAAACUAAAAGCUCUUCUUCACGAAAUAAAGUCGUCGAUUAUUUGGAACGUCGAGUCAUUGGUUUUCGUUGUUGGUAAAAACUGUGGAAAGGCAAUGGAAGUACUGAGAAUGGUGUGGGAUAUUGAAGCCCUUGGAUCAUUUUACAUUUGUCGAGAUCAAGUCAACAAAACUACGAUGGUGUAUACAUUUAACCCCUACACUGAUAGAGCGCCGGAACCGUGGACUAGAGUUAAGAAGAAAACGAGUGAUAAUCGAUGGACAUUGUAUAGGCAGACAUUUAAAAACGAUUCGGAAUCAUGUCAAAGUUAUCAUUUUGACAAAACUCGAAUUCUGGACGGUUAUCCAGUAAAAGGUCGUGCACGUCGUUCAGAAAUUCCUUCUCUAUAUAGUAUUUCAUCAAACGAAUUCACACCUGAAGCAUUCAGAUCGCAAGUCGGAAACCCAUAUUUCGUUUUUGACAACAUAUUUUCAAUGUUAAAUGUCACUCCGGUGAUAAACUACAAUUUCGUCAAUAGAUUGACACCAGAUUCUGACAGAAGUAACAAAUUAUUUAAUAAUAAUAAUUUCGAUUUAUGGAUAGAUUUAAAACCACUCGAUCUACUUUAUUAUGAAUAUCUCGAUAUUAUUCCUCUAUACUCGGAAGAAGGCUUCACGAUAGCAACAAACUCGCGUACUAUUCCAAUUCUUGAUCAAUCAAUAAUAAAUUCAAUUUUAUCGAAACCUUAUUCGAUAUCUUGUUAUUGGUACUGA